UGGCAACACGCCCAUUGCAGUGUGGGGAACCCACCUAGACCUGAUCCAAAACCCUCAGAUCCGGGCAAAGCACGGCGGAAAGGAACAUGUCAAUAACUGCGAGGUGCAGAACAGCACGGAGAUGACCUGCCAGGCUCCAGCGUUGGCUGUUGACCCCAAUCACCAGUCUGAGCUUGCUGAGCGUCCAGAAGAGUUUGGCUUCAUUCUGGACAACGUCCAGUCUCUGCUGAUUCUCAACAAGACCAACUUCACCUACUACCCAAACCCAAUCUUUGAGGUUUUCAAUCCCUCAGGGAUCCUGGAGCUGAAGCCAGGAAGUCCCAUCAUACUGAAGGGCAAGAACCUGAUCCCACCAGUGGCAGGAGGGAACGCCAAGUUGAACUACACUGUUUUGGUUGGUGAGAAGCCCUGUGCAGUGACCGUAUCAGAUGUGCAGCUGCUGUGUGAGUCCCCAAACCUCAUUGGAAGGCACAAGGUGAUGGCUCGUGUGGGAGGGAUGGAAUUCUCCCCGGGGAUGGUCUACAUCUCUCCAGACAGCCCUCUGAGCUUGCCAGCUAUUGUCAGCAUUGCAGUGGCUGGUGGCCUGCUCAUCAUCUUCAUCGUGGCUGUGUUGAUUGCCUACAAACGUAAAUCCCGAGAAAGCGACCUCACCCUCAAGCGCCUGCAGAUGCAGAUGGACAACCUGGAGUCCAGGGUGGCCCUGGAGUGCAAAGAAGCCUUUGCAGAGCUGCAGACAGACAUCCACGAGCUGACCAGCGACCUGGAUGGAGCUGGGAUCCCUUUCCUCGACUACAGAACCUACACCAUGAGGGUGCUUUUCCCUGGCAUUGAAGAUCAUCCAGUCCUGAGGGAUCUGGAGGUCCCUGGCUAUAGGCAGGAACGGGUGGAGAAAGGCCUGAAGCUCUUUGCACAGCUCAUCAACAACAAGGUCUUCCUGCUGUCCUUCAUCCGCACGUUGGAGUCCCAGCGCAGCUUCUCCAUGAGGGACCGUGGCAACGUGGCCUCGCUGAUCAUGACAGUGCUGCAGAGCAAGCUGGAGUAUGCCACUGAUGUCCUCAAGCAGCUCCUGGCUGAUCUCAUCGACAAAAACCUGGAGAGCAAGAACCACCCCAAGCUGCUGCUCCGGAGGACAGAGUCUGUGGCUGAGAAGAUGCUCACCAACUGGUUCACCUUCCUUCUGUACAAGUUCCUGAAGGAGUGUGCUGGUGAACCUCUGUUCUCCCUUUUCUGUGCCAUCAAGCAGCAGAUGGAAAAGGGUCCCAUCGACUCCAUCACUGGGGAGGCCCGAUACUCACUGAGUGAGGACAAGCUUAUCCGCCAGCAGAUUGACUACAAGACACUGGUCCUGAGCUGCGUGAACCCCGACAACGUGAACAGCCCCGAGAUCCCCGUGAAGAUCCUGAACUGUGACACCAUCACUCAGGUCAAGGAGAAGAUCCUCGAUGCCAUCUUCAAGAACGUGCCCUGCUCCCAUCGUCCCAAAGCUGCUGAUAUGGACUUGGAGUGGCGACAAGCAAGUGGGGCAAGGAUGAUCCUUCAGGAUGAAGACAUCACCACCAAGAUAGAGAAUGACUGGAAGAGACUCAACACGUUGGCACACUAUCAGGUGCCAGAUGGAUCUGUGGUAGCUUUAGUCUCCAAGCAAGUCACUGCCUACAAUGCAGUCAACAACUCCACGGUCUCACGGACGUCAGCCAGCAAGUAUG